GGUUGCUUCGCCCCCGCCAGUUGGCUGUAGAAACAGCGCCAUUAUCAAACAGCGUUCAUCUUGUUGUUCUUUUCGGGUUGUUUACGGACAAACUUUCAUAAAUAGGUUCAGAUAAACGGAGGUAAACUCAAAGUUUGUGACUUUAUUAGAUGUUUAGUUAUCGUCCGGAUGACGCGAGCUUCGUCGCAUGUGAAGCUAACGGAGGGAGCUAACGAAGCUAACGGAGGUAGCUAACGGGGCUAACUUGUAGCAGUUGUAAGCUGAACUCUCGAGCCGCGGUGUUUCCUGCGUUGAGUGUCCGUUGGUAGAGUUGCCUUGUCGGCCACAUCAGGGAUGAGUUGCCCGGUGAACCUCCAGGAUCUUCCGUCCGGAGUGUUUGAAACGGUUUUUACUCCAGAAAACGUGAGAGUAAGGACCAUGAACUCUCUGACUCCGCUCAGCUUCCCCAAAACCAGAUCAGCUCUGUGGGACGGCAGCCCUGCAGGAGACAAGCUCCGCCUCCAGCUCGGCACUCACAGGAAGCCUCGGCUGGUGCUGCUGGAGAAAGCUCUGCGUCUGGCUCAGCGUCACGCCCGUCACAGCAACAAGCCCCGCCUCCUGUGUUUCCUCCUGGGCUCGCUGUGUGUCGACGCAGAUGAGGGAGGGGUCACUGUGACUCUGGACCGGUGACCCGGUCGGGACCAGCCGAGCCUCGGGCGGGGUCCCCACCCGCUGCUGCCCGGAGACGUCCUGGUUCCCUGUCUGUUCUCCUCAGAGACUGUCCCCUCGUCUGACGCCGUCGUCCAAUCAGAGGCUGAGCUGCAUCACUGCUUCAAGGUGUUGCAGCAGUGCGUGAGCGGCAGACAGUCUCUGGACCUGUCUCAGCUGUUGAGGGUCAGAGGUCGGGUGGUCUGCUGUCAGCAGUCUGACUCCGCGGCGUUCUCCCUCAGCUGGGCGGCCGUGUGUCCGUCUGUCAGCGUGGAGGUCCAGCCGGUCCGAGCCGUCCCCGUCAUCCCCACGGCUCUGCUGAGGAGUCUGACCGGCGCCACCCGCCCACCGCUGCACGCCAACCGGCAGAGAGGGUUUCUGACCAUGGAUCAGACCAGGAAGCUGCUGCUGCUGCUGGAGUCUGAUCCUAAAGCCCUCCAACCGCCGCUGGUCGGACUCUGGCUGAGUGGAGUCGUUCACGUCUCCAACCCUCAGGUGUGGGCCUGGUGUCUGAGGUUCCUGUGUAGCUCGGGCCUCCCCAGGACAGUUCUGUCUGAGAGUGGCUGUUUCCUCCUGGUCCUGUUCGGUUCGACCCACCGAGCUCCUCAGUUCUUCCAGUGUCGAGGAUCAGCAUCUGGACCACAGCUGGACUACCGCCUGCUGACCGCCUCCCAGUGCGUCACACUCUACCAGCAGGCGGUCUCGGUGGAGGGUCAGACUCUGCGCUGUGAGCUCGGCUCAGAGGAUCACAGCCGCCAGACGGAGGUCUUCAGAGAGGCUCAGACCUCCUUCAACAGAACUUGUCUCCCCCGCCCGUCCCCGAGCCCCCACCUCCCCGCUCAGCAGGCUCGCAGAGUUCAGCCGUCUGUUCCUGAACUUUCUCUGCUGAUUGACAGCGCUGCCGUCUCAAUCACAACAGCUGGCAGGAGGCGGCCCGCCCCAGGCCUGCUGCUGCUGCUGACAGGAAGUCCGCCCCUCCAACACCUACGCUGCUCCCAUCCCCACCACCUCCUCCUCCUCCUCCCAUCACCAUCCACCUGUUUCUGUUCCUCCACCCUCCAUCCAUGGCUCUGCCCCCCCUCCUCCCUGUCCCUGCAGCCACCCUCCCCCCACCCCACGGUGUGGAGACUCCUCUCUUCCCUCCCCUCGGUGUGGGAGACUCCUCCUCUCUUCCCUCUCCACGGUGUGGAGACUCCUCCCCUCACGGUGUGGAGACUCCCCCUCUCUUCCCUCCCUCGGUGUGGAGAACCUCCCUCUCUUCCCUCCCCUCGGUGUGGGGAACUCCUCCUCUUCCUCACCCGUCCCAUCCCGCAGCAGCAGCCUCUGUGUCUUCCUCCUGUGUGCAUCAUCAAGGGGGGAGGAGUCAUCCCAUCUGACACAUAUAACAGCUGCUCCUCCAUCAGGGACCGACAGCUCCGCCUCCUGCAGGAGCAGGUCCAGAUGUUGCUGGAGGCUCAGAGGAAACUUCAGUCGUCGUCCGGCCAGCAGGUCGAUACUCAGACACCCAAAAGCACCGCCAGCAUCGCCGUGGGAACAGGUGCCAGUUUGUUCUGGGGGUCUCCGGUCCAGUUCCCCCUCCCACAUCAGGAAGAACAGGCCCCUCGCCCUUCCUCACAGGCCGACCUGUCCGUCAACGGGCCUGGGGGCGGAGCCGAGAACAGUGACAUCACAGCUCAAGAGGCUGCCUGCUCCCCCUCUGCUCAGCACAGCGUUAGCGGGCUGCAGAGUCCCGUCCUGGGAGAGAGUGUGAGCAUGUACAGACCUGCAGACGACCAGCAGAGCUUCUUUAACAACCUGAUGACUCAGGUGACCAGUCGUCUCCAGGAGUCAGAGAGUAAACAGGAAGUGGAGGAAGAAGAAGAGGAGGAGGAGUCCCGGAGGCGGAGCCUGUCUGUGGUUUCGGCCCAGUCGUCCCGGAGGAGGCGGAGCUGUGGAGGAGACUCGGUGCUCAGCGCCACCGUGAGGCAGCUGCAGCAGCUCGGAGUCAACGUGGAAGAAGAUCUGAGCGAGGCGGACCGGAGAAACCAGCAGACUAUAGAGAGCAGCAGCACUCUGGCGGGUAUCAACCCAGCGGCUGUUCUGUCCAGACUGAGCGUGUCCGAGUCCUCGGCGAGCUCUCUGUUCCCCGGUGCCAGCGUGGACCUGAGUCUGGAGGCCAACGCCAUCGCGCUGCGCUACCUGAGCGACUCCCAGCUCAGCCGGCUGUCUCUGGGAGGCCACGCCCCCCAAACAGUCCCCGCCUCCGCCUCCAGCUCCAACCACUCCCUGCUGUCGCCUAGCAACAUGUCCCUGGCCACCAGGAAGUACAUGCGGCGCUACGGCCUCAUCGAGGAAGAGGACGGCGAAGAGGAAGAAGAAGAAGUAGUUCGCCAGCCGUUCCUCCCACAGAGUCAGCUGAUCCGCGACCUGCAGCCCAAAAUGCCGCUGUACCCCGGCGGGAACAAAGCCAACGGCGCCAACAAGGAGAACCGGUCCAACCGGCAUCCAGCGUCAGUCAGGACCGGCAGCCGCCAGACGGAGGGAUCGGUAGGGAACAUCCUGGACCUGAGCCGCCUCAGGCAGCUCCCCAAACUCUUCUGACUCCACAUCCUGGACCUGAGCCGCCUCAGACAGCUGCCCAAACUCUUCUGACUCCACAUCCUGGACCUGAGCCGCCUCAGACAGCUCCCCAAACUCUUCUGACUCCACAUCCUGGACCUGGGCCGCCUCAGACAGCUGCCCAAACUCUUCUGACUCCACAUCCUGGAUCUGA